AUGUUUGAGAAGAUUUUGAGUCAUUAAAUGAAGAAAUAAGAAGAGUGUCUAUAUAAAUUACAUUAAUAGAAUAUGAAUCGGAGAGUUGUAACAGAAAUUGACGAUGUAGAAUAAGAUCUAAGAACAUUGAAAGAUAUAUCAAAUAUAAAAGUUAAUUUGAAGUUGCCUUAGAUGUUAACGUAACCAUUUAGAAAAAAUAAAGAGGAACAUGUCAAAUCUAUUUAUUUAGAGAAAUUUGAGAAUCAAUUAUAAUAAAUACAGCAAUAGGCAAUUAAAAAUUAAAUACUACUUAAAAUAGAAAAAAACAGUGCUAAAUCAGUUUUUAUGAAAGCAUAGUCUGAAGUAUUAGAUUAUUCUAAAUUAACAUAUGUAAAUUUGAAAGUUGUUGGAAGUGGAUCAUUUGGAGUUGUACAUAAAGUAAAUCGAUUUUAAAUAAAAGGCUAAAGUAAAUGAAACAGGAGAAAUAGUUGCAAUCAAAAAGGUUCUAUAGGAUCGAAGAUAUAAAAAUAGAGAAUUAUCGAUAUUGUAAGAAUUGGAUCAUGUAAAUGUAUUGAAGAUGAAACAUGCUUUCUAUACUCCUGCAACUAAUUAAGAUGAAAAUUAUCUUAAUGUUGUAAUGGAAUACUUUCCUGACACACUUUAUUCAUUGAACAAAUCAUUUAUCAAAGAUUUCAACAAGAUGCCAGAUAUUUUAAUAAAACUUUUUAGUUAUUAAUUAUUAAGAUCUAUUGCGUAUCUCUCUUUAUAUUCUUAGAUAUAUUUCAUUAUUAGGAAUAUGUCAUCGAGAUAUCAAACCACAUAAUGUUUUAAUUAAUCCUGAAUCUAACCAAUUGUAAUUAUGCGAUUUUGGAAGUGCAAAAAAGUUGAUUAAAGGUGAACCAAAUAUAGCUUACAUUUGUUCAAGAUGCUAUAGAGCUCCUGAAUUGAUUUUUGGAUCAACUAAUUAUGAUACAUAAAUAGACGUUUGGUCUGUAGGUUGUGUAAUAGCAGAAUUAAUCAAUGGAGAACCACUCUUUUUAGGAGAUUCUGCAGUUGAUUAAAUGGUUGAAAUUAUUAAAGUACUUGGAACUCCUAGCAAUGAAUAGAUAUUCAACAUGAAUAAGGAUUAUGAUGUACAAUCUAAUUAAUUUGCUAAAAUCAAAAAAAGAGAUUGGAAGAAAGUAUCAAUUUUAAUUUUAAUUCAGGUCUUAAAAACCAAAGAUAAUUUGGCAAUUGAUUUAAUUUCAAAAUUACUUACAUAUUGUCCAAAGACUAGACUUACGCCAUUUUAAUCUUUGGCUCAUCCUUAUUUUGAUGAAUUAAGAGAUAUUAAUUAGUUAAAGAUUUUAUAAAGUUAGAUGAAGAUAAGUAUUCCAUAACUCUUCAACUUCUCAAAUGGUAUGAUUUUAAUUCUUAUUUUUUUAGAAGAGGUAUGUAAAAUGACUAAAUAAGAAAAGCUUCAAUUAAUACCUGAUUGGUAUGAGAUUUCAUCUAAAAUUAUAAAAACAGAAUGUUGAAUAAUAAU